CUAGACCGUGGUAUUUUACAAGAAAGGCCCCGUCGGCUCUCUUCAUCUUCAACAUCUCAUCUCCUCCAUGCACCCAGCGGCGGGCCACCUUGUGAACUUCUCAAAAAUCGCCGGAAAAUCGACCACCCACACCCCACGACAACAAAAAACCCUCGAACCCCCUGAACUUCCAACGCUACACACCCAAAACACCCUUCUCCUUCCCAAGCAACGACCAGCGACAACCAACAAGCAGCCGCUGCUGCUUCUUCAACUCACUCACGACCACCACAACAACCAGAACACAGCCGCGACUCCCAGAACAACAUAACUUCUCCACCCCUUCUUCCGAAAGUCAGUCCAAAACAACACCUGAACAUACAAAUUCCGAUUGAGCUCGAGUUCGCCUCUGAUGGUCGGUCCAUUGAUAAAAUCAGAAAACGAAACAAGAUUUUAGGGUCGUCGUUUGUCAUUCUGAGUUCGUCGCCGAUCGAGGUCCGUUCGUGAUUGAUAAUUCCUGUUGCUUGGCUGCUGUUUGUCGUGGAUUUUCGCUGCCGGAUUUAGUUGUAUUUGAUUGCGAGCAGAACCCUUCUUAGUUAUUAGGGUCGCUGUUGUAGAUAUUUGGCAAGAUUUGAUCUUUAGGACUGCUGUGUUAGAAUGGGAGCUUCUCUACAAAUUGAGUUCGUCAACUGCAACCUUUUGCUAAAGGGAAUUAACUCAACCCGCUUAUCGAAAAAGUUAAAUAUAACCUCUGCCAUUAAACACUCCCAGAAGCAGGAAGAGCUAUCUCUCACUAUCUCUCAUGUUGCUGAUCAGAAGAAAGUUCAGAAGGCUGGAAAAGUAGAACAUCACUUAUGGAAGAAAAGGGAAUCCGCUGGAUCUGGGCAAAAAGCACUCAAUCUUGUUCGGCUUAUUUCUGGACUUCCAAAUGAGAAAGAGUCUGUUUAUCGUGCAUUAGAUAAAUGGAUUGCAUGGGAGACAGAGUUUCCGUUGAUUGCAGCUGCUAAGGCUCUAAGAAUCUUAAGGCAACAGCGGAUGUGGAAACGAGUAAUUCAAGUUGCUAAGUGGAUGUUGAGCAAAGGUCAAGGAGCAACAAUGGCAACCUAUGAUACACUUCUACUGGCAUUUGAUAUGGACAAAAGGGUAGAUGAAGCAGAAACAUUAUGGAAUAUGAUUUUGCAUACAAGCACACGGUCUGUCUCAAAACGGCUCUUUUCCAGGAUGAUUUCAUUGUAUGAUCAUCAUCAUGUGCCAGAGAAGAUAGUUGAGGUGUUCGCAGACAUGGAGGAGUUAGGGGUAAAACCCGAUGAAGAUACAGUCAGAAGAGUUGCAAGAGCCUUCCAAAUGUUGGGCCAAGAAGAUAAGCAUAAAUUGGUUGUCCAAAGGUAUCAAAGCAAAUGGAAAUAUGUCCAUUUCAACGGUGAAAGAGCAAGAGUGAGAAGAGACACGAAAUGAAUAAAGCUAUUAAGAGAACACUUAUCAAGUGGUAUUGGUUAAAGUCUUGAUCAGAUGCCUGCAGUCUUUUCUCUGCAGCGUUUGUUUUGUUUCUAUGCCUUGCAUUGGUGGGGAAGACUGGUAUGUAGUUGGUUGAUAUUGUACAUAUAUUGGAACAUAUUCAUGUCAGAGAAAAUCGACCUUGCCAUACUUGUAUUGAUAUAUCCCUAGUGAGAUUGUGUCUUUUGCGAAAGCAAGGCUAGCAAACUACACCUUAUAGUGGAUGGGCCGUUGUAUUGUUUUGGGUUUCUUGAUAGGAUGCUUGGUUAUGGAGGUGUUGUUUCGUCUAUGUUUUAACAUAGUUGUAUCUAAAUUUCAUGUACAGAGACCUUCCUUUCAACUAUUAAUUGUUUGAAGUAUUAUGUCAUCCUUUUCAUGUA